CAACAAGGCACGCCAUCAAAAGGACAAAAAACACUGGCACUAACCCCCACAAGAAAGUGCCAAUUCUCCUCUUCCUCCGAGACGCUCAGUAUCUUCCUUCACUUCAUGGCCUAAUUGACCCCGAAUUCAAUUCCUCAAUUACGUUUCUAGCUCCACUAUCCGCCAUCAUGUUCCCAUCAUUCCUCAGCAUCGUCUCCGUAUACGGCAGCUAUCUCCGCCGCUGUUUCAUCACCGCCGGCCUUUCCUCUCAAAAGAUCGACGUGGAUGACCAGACCACCCUCCACUUCUGGGGUCCCAGAAAAGAAGCCGCCCGCAAAAAGCCCUCCCUGGUUCUAAUCCACGGGUUUGGGCCGAUGGCCAUAUGGCAAUGGCGCCAACAAGUCCAAUUCUUGGCCCCUCAUUUCGACGUCUACGUCCCCGACCUCGUCUUCUUUGGUGACUCCACUACCAAAUCCAGUGAGCGAAGCGAGGUUUUUCAGGCAGCCUCAGUGGCAAAACUUCUUGACAAGUUAGACGUCAAGAGGUUCCAUGUAAUUGGUACCAGUUACGGCGGCUUCGUGGCCUACCAUUUGGCCAAAAUGUUAGGGGAAAGGGUAGAGAAAGUGGUGAUCGCGAGCUCUGGCGUUAAUAUGAGAAAGAGCGACAACGCGGCUUUAAUGGAGAGGGCUAAACUCGACAAGAUCGAGGAUCUUAUGUUGCCCGCUACACCCAAACAGUUACGCAAUUUGAUGGGCUUGUCCGUGUCCAAGCGUCUCAAUAUGGUGCCUUCGUUCUUCUUGAACGACAUCAUAAACAACUUAUACUCAGAAAAUAGGAAGGAAAAGAUGGAGCUUCUGAAAGGACUAACGCUCGGCAGAGAUGAUGCUGUGAACCUUUCACCUCUUCAACAGGAGGUUCUUAUAAUCUGGGGGGAACAUGAUCAGAUAUUUCCAGUACAAAUGGCCAAUGAGCUAAAGCAGGUAAUUGGUAAGAAGGCCAGGUUGGAAUUGAUAAAGAACGCAUCUCAUGUGCCCCAAAUUGAGAAGGCAGGAGAGUUCAACAAAAUUGUCUUGGAUUUUUUGCGUGGGUCCUGAUGCGUACGUGAAUGUAAAUUUUGUGAGUGCUGCUGCCGAUUGUGAUGUAUAUGAAGGGGACUUCCUAUCAGUCGUAUCCAUAAUGAUAUAUAAACAGUCAUGCUUCCUUUAUAAGGUGGUGGUGAUUUGUUUAACUGUAUUCGCGCCUUCGCUUUCUUAUUAUGUCAUUUAAAUUGAUUAUGAUUCGCCCUUCA